CCGCACGGUUUGUCGAGAUUCACACACUCUUGGGGCCUGAGAUUGAUCUACCAUAGCCGACAAUGAAGGUCACAUGUUGCUUCAACUACCAUCAUAAUGAGGAAAAACGCAGUAGCAUGUCGGUUAAUAGUUGCGGAUGCAGUGGAGGUGUGCGGUUACAGAUAAUGAUGCUAGCAGGAGCUGUGGUAGGACUUGUGAUCUAUCUUACGAUUGCUAACUGCAGACACAGCUCAUUCGCUAUUCAAGUUGACUCCUUACCCUCACUGGUCGAUUGCAGUCGCUCGUCAUCAUCCACAUUCUUAUCAUCAUCGCCAUCAUUGUCUUGGCCAUCGUCAUYGUUMUCCUCCUCCUCCUCCCCCUCCUCCUCCUCUUCAUCAUCAUCAUCAUCAUUGGGCGGGCAAGAGCUACGCGAUCAAACCGACGAGUCAGAAGGCGAACGGCGCUCUCCCUUCUUCCAAGGUGAACGGCGCUCUCCCUCCUUCCAACGCCAACGGCAAUCUCCCUCCGUCCAGAGAGGACUGCGCCUGGGCAGGCGCAUCAACAAAGAGUCGCGCCAGCCAACUUUCGAAGUCGAUGCGGAUUUCCUGUCAGUCCAAGGCAAUCUAAUCGACAACCUAUCUGACGACGGCUUUCAGGAUCGCUGGUGGUUGACCAUCGGUGACGUGUUGGACACGAAUGAGGGCAGCAGCGGUUCGACGCCCCAGAGUCCCGUCGUGAGGCGGUUUGCUGGGCCCUGGUUUCCUGAGAACCUUCCCCGGAAUGCGUCCGUCGUCCCUGGCGACGCCGAGCGAAGUUCACCAAUUUCCGUUUCCUCGGACGCGGUGGUAAUCCCUGAUGACAGGGAGCGAACUCCAGGGCUGAAUUUCUCAAGAGCGCUAGCCAUACUCGAAGAUAUUCGGAGUCCUAGUGGUAGUCUUGACGCCAGCGGCGGUAGCGGCGGUAGGCACAUGUUGUACGGAGGAGGGAGUGUGUUGUACGUAGCAGAUUCGCUGAACUCCGCGCUGCGGGCGUUCUCUCUCGAAAAUACCGAACGGAUUUCGGCUGCCCCGCCUCCUCCUCCUGCUACUUCUCCUCCUCCUUCUCCUCCUCCUCCUCCUUCCGCGGUUGUUAAUUACAGCAGCGUCACCGGAAAUGAAACCAUCCUCUCGCUGGCGAUAGAUUCGAAGCGCCGCAUCUUGUACGCAACUUCGCGCAGCUACCUUUAUCGGAUGAACCUGCCAAGGAACAGCAGCAGCGGAGAGAGGCCAAGCUCGGCCCUGGAGCGUUGGAUCGGUCCGUUCUUUUACGAUGGUCGGAGUCAAACUAACGAGAGCUUCUUCAAUCCGUACAUCAGCUCGUCAGCCAUCUCUAGCGACGGAUUAACUAUGUACGUAGCUGACAGAGAGAAUCUGAAAAUCCAGCGCGUUCGCACGGACACGGGAGCGGUGGAGACCAUCGCCGGAGGAGGAUCCCGAGAAGAUGCUCUGCAGCCACUCCAGGCGAAAUUCCUACGCCCCCAAGGGCUUGCUCUCACGGGCGACGGCUGUAACUUGUUCUUUUCCGAGUUUGGCGGCGGCAGAAUCGGACUAAUCACUUUUGCUCAGAGUGGUGGUCGGGCUGUCAGAGUGCAGACCGUUGGUUGGUACACUCGCAUUCCCUGGGUUGUUUUCAAUCUGUUCGGAUUAGACAUCUCGCCCAAUGACGGUGAGCUAUUCGUUGGAUCGCAUAAUCGGCAUUUAUUCCAACUUGCGAUUAAGAAGUCGGCGCUUCAUAGCUGCCGUCCCUCCUCCUCCUCACUUUCCAGCGCAUUCCCUCUGAAGGCCGUUGUGGUGGCUUUGGUUGUGUUCGUGCUUACCCUCCUCCUUUUCGGUGCUGCAUUUUCCUGCUGCCGCCGACGCGCUCAACUGGGGCGGCGGCAGUUUUCGAAGUUGGACUCUGCCAGGAGCACCCAGCUCGUUCUCCCGAUAAGGGCCGCUGGUUUGAGCGUAUAUUCUGAAGAAGAGAUGGCGGCCGCUUGCGACGGCUUCAGCGCGGCGCGGUUGGUGGGAAGGGGAGGCGCGGCGGAGGUUUACAAGGGCGUGCUGCGUAGCGGGCAGGUCGUGGCCGUCAAGAAGCUCAAGGGAGAGUUCUCGGAGGCUAAGUUCCGACAGUUUAAAGCGGAGCUUGAUGUGCUCGCGGGGCUUAAGCACACCCACCUCUGCAGCAUUAUCGGCUGUUGUGUCCGAAGUAGCUCACCGUUGAUUGUAUAUGACCCGUUCGUGGAGGGGGGCACGCUGUACGAUCGCCUGCAUCCCGCGCCCCUCCAGAGGUCCACCAGAGUCGAUGUCCCCGCGCAGUUGGAUGAGCGCGCGGAGAUAGUGAGUCAGGCUAGUGGCGAUGGAAGCUCGGGCACGCUGACAGAGAACUCCACGCGCAGUGGUGGCUCCGGUGAUGCUAACGGAGGAUUAGCCUUUCAGUCGCAGCGGGGAGUCUUAAGCUGGCAGGAUCGCGUGGCCAUAGCCGUGCAGAUAUCGAGCGCCCUUCGGUACUUGCACGAUGAAGUGGACCCUCCUAUCAUCCACAGGGACAUCAAGAGCAACAACGUGCUAUUGGAGGACGUCUAUCACGGCGGUUUCGCCGCGGGGGUGAGGGCGUACUUGUCGGACUUCGGAUUGGCAAAGCGAGGGCAGAGCAUCUUCGGCGCGGUGCCUGCGGGAGAGACAGUGGAGACGUUCCACGUGGCAGGAACGAUCGGGUACAUGGCGCCGGAGUACUACACCUCUUGCAGACUGACAGCCAAGAAUGACGUGUACUCGUUUGGCGUGCUGCUUCUCGAGCUCGUGACGGGUCGGAAAGCGUUUCGACCGGAUCCCGACGGCUCUCAAGAGGAGGGACCACAGACGCUGACUGCCUGGGUGGGCGACAUGAUUGGUGAAAUAGGAAGCAAUCCUCGACCAGAAGGAGGGGCGGCAGACGCUGGCGACACGUGUCACAUGCCGGGGAACGUGGUGGAAGAAGCUUCUGAGAACGGGACCGUAAACACGUCUUCCUCCGGUGAAAGUCACGUUUCAAUGGUAAAGCUGAGUGCGAAACAAAGGGAGAGAGUGAGACAGAUUGCCGAUGAGCGACUGGAGAGCGCUGGUCCGGUGGAGUGGACCGCUGUGUGCGACAUGCUGGAACUGGCAAUGACUUGUGUGUCGCGCCUCCCGGAAUCGAGGCCAAAGAUGCGCGUGGUUAUGGCAGCGUUAUCUCUUAUGAAGCCAGAAGUCUGUCUUCCAAACACUGAUUAUGACUCGGAGUCUUAUCUCCUAGAUUAGUUUUUUUUUUUUUUUUUUUUUUUUUUAAUUUAUUAUUAUUUUUAAUUCCAUGCUAAUUUUCUCUGUAUCGUUCCAAUUUUAACG